AUGGCGCCCAAGCUGUGUGCGCUGUGUGAGGCGUCGCGCGCGGUGCUGCGGCGCCCCAAGACCGGGCAGAUGGUGUGCAAAGAGUGUUUCUUUUACGUGUUCGAGACAGAGGUGCACAAUACCAUAACGAGCGCGCGCCUUUUUUCGCGGGGCGACCGCGUCGCGAUCGGCGCGAGUGGCGGAAAAGAUUCGACGGUGCUUGCGCAUGUGAUGAAGACGCUGAACGAGCGCUACGACUAUGGCCUCGAGCUGAUUCUGCUGAGCAUUGACGAAGGCAUCACGGGCUACCGCGACGACUCGCUCGAGACCGUCAAGCGGAAUCAGGAGCAGUACAACAUGCCGCUGACCGUCCUGGGCUACAAAGAGCUCUACGGCUGGUCGAUGGACGAUAUUGUCGCGAGUGUCGGGCGCAAGAACAACUGCACGUUCUGCGGCGUGUUCCGGCGGCAGGCGCUCGACCGCGGCGCGGCGUCGCUCGGCGUGGACCACAUUGUGACCGGGCACAAUGCGGACGACAUUGCCGAGACGAUCCUCAUGAACGUGCUGCGUGGCGACAUUGCGCGCCUCGAGCGCUGCACCGAGAUCAUUACCAAGGGCCCUGAGCUCGACGAGGAUGCCCAGGGGUGCGGCGGCGGCGCAUCGUUCGGCGGCAGCGGCAUCAAGCGCAGCAAGCCGUUCAAGUACGCGUAUGAAAAAGAGAUUGUGAUGUACGCCUACUUUAAGCAGCUCGACUACUUUUCGACCGAGUGCAUCUACUCGCCGAACGCGUACCGUGGGUACGCACGCACUUUUCUCAAGGACCUCGAGAGCAUCCGCGCCUCGAGCAUUAUCGAUAUUAUCCAUGCGGGCGAGAAUCUGCACGUUGCGGGGCAGGUCAAGCGCGCGGUGCAGCGCACCUGCGAGCGCUGCGGCUACAUCUCCUCGAAUGCGCUGUGCAAGGCAUGCGUGCUGCUCGAGGCGCUCAACCGCGGAAAUCCCGCGCUCGGCAUCCGCUCGGACAAGUCGCGGACCGUGCGCGAGGAGCGCGACGAAAACAUCGGGCGGACGAUUCCCAAGUGGCAAGGUGUCCAAGCAGCGAGCGCGUCGGCGAAUGCGUGGUAG